AUGCACUGCCAGCCGCAAGCGCGGCUGGCCGCGCCCGGCCGCGCCAAGGCAGGCAGGCGGCGCUACAAGACCUUCAUGAUCGACGAGAUCCUCUCCAAGGAGACCUGCGAUUACUUCGAGAAACUUUCCCUCUACUCCGUCUGCCCGUCCCUCCUGGUCCGGCCCAAGCCGCUGCACUCCUGCGCCGGGUCACCUUCUCUGAGGGCAUAUCCUCUCAUCUCCGUCAUCACCAGGCAGCCCUCCGUGGUCCCUCACCUUGUCCCAGCUGCCACCAGCUCCCGCGUGCUGUCAGCCCAGCCCUCUUCAGGGACUGCAAGCUCAGAGACACCUGCCAGCGAGACCCAUGCCAGCAGCGAGUCGGAGGCAGAGCAGCCCGCUCCUCGGUUAAAAAAGCCACGCCGGAGUAGGACCAUCUUCACAGAGCUCCAGCUGAUGGGCUUGGAGAAGAAAUUCCAGAAGCAGAAGUAUCUCUCUACCCCUGACAGGCUUGACUUAGCCCAGUCGUUGGGGCUGACUCAGCUCCAGGUGAAGACAUGGUACCAGAACCGUAGGAUGAAGUGGAAGAAAAUGGUGCUGAAGGGUGGACAGGAGGCUCCAACGAAGCCCAAAGGCCGUCCAAAGAAAAACUCCAUUCCCACCUCGGAGGAAAUUGAAGCAGAAGAGAAAAUGAACAGCCAGGCGCAGAGUCAGGAGCUGGAGGGAUCUCAAGCUCCCGAGGAGCCUAAAUUGACAGAGGAGAAGCCAGAAGUCUCUUUGGAGACAGAGAAGUCUCCAGAACAUAUACCAGAGCCCUCCUCAGAGGAGACUACGCCAUUAAGUUAA